AUGCUACAAAACGACAUCAGUAGCCCCGGCGAUUUUGUUCGUAUGAACAAGAUCAAUUUUGAACCGAUUCUUGAACAUACAAUAUUGGUUCCUGUCAUGGAUCAACUGGUGGAGCUCACUCUGACGUCUGCUUGGGAUUGGGGUCUAUUUAAAUCCGGGUUUAGAGGCAAGAGUCUUGUGUUUCCGAAACUGAAAACACUGAAGCUGGAAUCCUUCAACAUCGGUCACUAUGAUCAAUUCGACUGGAUCCUUAACCAAACGACAUUGACACGUCUUCAAUUAUACUUCUGCACAAUUGUCACUCAUUUCCACUUUCUGCCAAAUACGAUACACAGAUGGAGCGUCGACACGCAAGACUGGGAGAGAUUUGAUGGUCGACCAUGGUUCGUUGGCCAUCAAUAUGCCAGAUCAGACUUUUUUACCUUUGAUUUAAGAUGGGAAACAAUAUUCAAUAACAUUCGUGAUCGCCUGCCACAUCUCAUCGAGUUGAGUAUCGCUUGGGACACAUACCCGGAGGUAUAUGGCCAGGGAGACGACGCAGCCACUACCUUAGACGAGACAUUAACCGAUGUGCAAAACGGAUAUACGCCUUUUAUUGAGCAGAAUCACUGGCCAUUUCAUAAGUUCGAAUCCGGGGAAGGAUUCGGAAUGAGGUAUGUUGGUACGGACGAUGAAUGGAUCGAUAGCGAUCCUGCUGAAGUAGCGGACAUUCGGGCUCUGAAUGCCCUGUUUCAGGCAGUAUUUGAGAGAAGAAACAAAUGGAGAUAUCGUUAG